AGCCAAACACUCAAUUGAAUGUUAAUUUUCCAAAUCGAGAAGGUUGAAGUUAAUGUUCAAACAAACUCAUCAAAAUGGGUCCAAAGCAUCGCCAUCGGACCGUCCGUGCGGCUGAAUCCACCGAAGAUGGGAAUUUCUUCAUGUCCCCAAAGCGUAUCAGCAAAGGCGUUUUCAUGGGGAAUCGUUUACUUCCAUUUGUUUGUUCCUUCGUUGCUCCCAAUUCAAGCAAAUGCGAACGGUCGAUUACCAACUCCAAACCCGCUCUAUAUAUAUGUGGUUUGCCCUAAAACCAUAACGACAUCGAAAGUUCCUCCUGUGAAGCUGCGAAAGGCUUCUUGAGUAAGCAUUUCUAUUCGUUGUUCAAUUGAAGUUUCUGAUUCACGCUUUCAAUCACUGUCCAAGUUGCAGACUCGUGGCUAUUUCCGCCCUUGAAAUAAGUAACAUUUUACUUGCUAAGGAUUAGAUCUGUGGCAAUUUCAGAGAGGGAAUUCCUGGAACCUGUUUGUUAUAGGUGGGGAAUCUUAUUUUUUAGGUUAGAGUUUGGUCUAAGGUUACAGUCUUCACUGGCAGAAAUCACAGUUUCUUGUACUUCUCCUUAAUUAGGAGAUUUCUUUGAUUCUAUUACUGUCCUGUGCAUAUAUACGUGAAGUCUUUGAUUUUGGUGUUGAAGCUUAUUGCUUCUUUGAAAGUUUUGGUCCGGUUGUGUCCUCUUUCUAAUCUGUGGUGUCUGUGAUUCCGGAAGUUUUUGCUUGUGGGGUUCGUAGAAACUUUUCAUAUAUCUGUUUGGUAUAUAAGAGACGAGGAGUAUGAGAAAAAUUGUGAAUUCCCACUCAGGAAGGGGGUUUAGUGAUAGAAGAUGGGUGCUUCCUUUUUUCGCCAGUGUGCUUGUAUCCAUUACUCUACUUAUGGCUGCUGUUUUUGGGUUAUAUUCAUCUUCCUACCGUGGGAAUCAACUGCAAUUAGACAUUGUUUCGUCUGUGGAGUGGGAGGAGUCUGGUGGGUAUUUUGUAGAAACUGAUUUCAAGAGAUCAUUUGACUCGAAUUGGGAAAAGGAGGAGGCACCUCGAUUAGCUUAUCUUAUUUCAGGCACAAAGGGUGACAGUCAAAGAAUGUUGAGGACUUUGCAGGCUGUGUAUCAUCCAAGAAAUCAAUAUAUUCUACAUAUGGAUCUUGAGGCUCCACCACGUGAAAGAUUGGAUUUGUCCAUGGCGGUGAAGAAUGAUAUGAUUUUCCGCAAAGUGGAGAAUGUGCGUGUAAUGGCACAGUCGAAUUUGGUGACGUAUAAGGGCCCAACAAUGAUAGCUUGUACGCUACAGGCAAUUGCUAUUUUAUUGAAGGAGAGCUUAAGCUGGGACUGGUUUAUAAACCUCAGUGCUUCGGAUUAUCCUCUUAUGACACAAGAUGAUCUACUGCAUGUUUUUUCUAAUUUGUCCAGAAACCUGAACUUUAUAGAACAUACACAACUUCAUGGUUGGAAACUAAACCAGAGAGCAAAGUCAAUCAUAGUUGAUCCAGCGCUUUACCUAUCAAAAAAAUCCAGUCUUGCAUGGACAAGUCAGCGCCGGUCACUUCCUACAUCCUUCAAGUUAUUUACUGGUUCAGCAUGGGUGAUGCUAACUCGGACCUUUGUAGAGCACUGUAUAUGGGGAUGGGAUAAUCUCCCACGAACAAUCCUAAUGUACUACUCAAAUUUCAUCUCCUCUCCUGAGGGUUAUUUCCAUACUGUCAUAUGCAACACAGACGAAUUCCGCAGCACUGCAAUCGGUCAUGAUCUCCACUACAUUGCUUGGGAUAGUCCUCCGAAGCAGCAUCCUCGCUAUUUGACCAUCAAGGACUUCGAUAAGAUGGUCAACAGCAGCGCCCCAUUUGCUCGAAAAUUUGCAAAGGACGAUCCCGUUUUAGACAGGAUCGACAAAGAGCUUUUAGGCCGCACAAACCGAUUCACGCAUGGCGCGUGGUGUAUCGGGAGCUCACACGACGGGGCCGACCCCUGCUCCUUGCUAGGCAAUGAUUCAGAAUUUAGGCCCGGUCCUGGUGCAAAGAGGCUUCAACAACUAACUGAUACGCUUUUAUCCGAAGAUUUCAGAAGCAGGCAGUGUUCAGAUCAAAGGUGACACUACAAUCAGUAGUUGCAUUUGAAUCUCUCUACUAAAAGCUGUACAUUGAUGUAUCCAUAGAUCCCCUAACACCCUCUAUAUGUAUGAAUUUGCAACGUUCUUCUUUAUAAUUAGGUGAAGAAAAGCUUUCAGUGAUUUGGCUGCUUU